CAAAGCCUCAUUAUUGCUUUGAGAGAACAAGGAGCUAAGCACCUCUCUGAAAUGCCAGGUGGUUCUUUUGCUCCGGCCGGCGUGGCCAAGGACCGAGCAGGGCAAUACCAAGGCAGGCUCACCGCUUAUGUCAUCGUCGCCUGCAUUGUUGCUGCCGUUGGUGGCUCACUUUUCGGUUAUGACAUCGGAAUUUCAGGUGGGGUUACAUCAAUGGAUGGAUUUCUGGAAAAGUUCUUCAAAACAGUUUACAAGAAGAAGAAGCUUGCUCAUGAAAACAAUUACUGCAAGUAUGACAACCAAGGUCUUUCAGCAUUUACAUCUUCACUCUACCUUGCUGGUUUAGUCUCAUCUCUAGUGGCUUCUCCUAUCACAAGAAAUUACGGGCGCCGCGCAAGUAUAAUCUGUGGAGGAAUCAGUUUCAUUGUUGGAGCAACUCUAAAUGCUGCAGCUGAAAAUAUCCUAAUGCUCAUCUUUGGUCGGAUCAUGCUUGGUGUUGGUAUCGGAUUUGGCAAUCAGGCUAUUCCACUAUAUCUAUCGGAGAUGGCACCAACUCAUCUCCGAGGAGGAGUCAACAUGAUGUUUCAGUUAGCAACAACUCUAGGAAUUUUCACAGCAAACAUGAUAAACUAUGGAACUUCAAAGCUCGAACCAUGGGGGUGGAGGCUCUCUCUAGGCCUGGCAUUAGGACCUGCUCUAGUGAUGACAGUGGGAGGAAUGCUUCUUCCUGAGACGCCUAAUAGCAUGAUCGAACGAGGAUCUAAAGACAAAGGAAGAAAGCUUCUCGAGAGAAUCCGAGGAACUCAAGAUGUGAAUGCAGAGUUUCAGGACAUGGUAGAUGCAAGUGAGUUUGCUAAUUCCAUAAAGAAUCCAUUCAGGAACAUACUUCAGAGAAGGAACAGACCUCAGUUGGUUAUGGCAAUCUUCAUGCCUACAUUUCAGAUCCUAACCGGGAUAAAUUCGAUUCUCUUCUAUGCUCCAGUACUUUUUCAAAGUAUGGGAUUUGGGGGAGACGCAUCUCUCUACUCAUCAGCCUUGACUGGAGGUGUUCUUUGCUUAUCUACAGUGCUAUCUAUAGCAACAGUUGACAGACUGGGUAGGAGAUUUUUACUCAUUAGUGGUGGAAUAGUAAUGAUCAUCUGCCAGGUCAUAGUGGCAAUAAUCUUGGGGGUGAAAUUUGGUGAGAAUCAAGAACUAUCCAAAGGGUACUCAAUAUUGGUAGUGGCGGUGGUUUGCCUCUUCGUGGUGGCUUUCGGGUGGUCAUGGGGGCCGCUCGGCUGGACAGUGCCGAGUGAGAUAUUCCCACUGGAAACCAGAUCAGCUGGACAGAGCAUCACAGUGGCUGUGAACCUUUUCUUCACAUUCGUCAUUGCACAAUCUUUUCUUUCCAUGCUAUGCGCGUUCAAAUUCGGGAUCUUCCUGUUCUUUGCUGGGUGGAUUACUGUCAUGACCAUCUUUGUUUUCAUAUUCCUACCUGAAACGAAGGGAGUUCCUAUUGAGGAGAUGAUACUCCUCUGGAGAAGGCACUGGUUCUGGAAGAAGAUAGUGCCAGAAUAUGCCGAAGAAGAUAGCAGCAUGCCAAACAAUUCAACAGUGUAGAGAUGUUGUAGUCUGUAGAGUGUAAUGAAUGUAUGUCUUAUAAAGCAAACCUCUUUACAAAAUUCCAAUUUCGGAAACACAUUGAGCUCAAUUGCCAAAUAGUCAAUCUAAGGAAAUACAUG